AUGACCCCAGUUUGGUUUCCAUCCUCCUUGUUGGUCCGGGAGCGUCCUCCCCGCCGAGCUGGUCCAGCCGCUCCGGCCGCCGUUCACCUGUCCAUACGAUUCCCGGGUUUCAGCACCACUUGUUGCCUUCGUUGGCGUGGCGACCUGGUUCAGGAACGGCACGGCGACCAACCCCAGGCCGCUCGGGCCAUCAGCUCACGGACACCAAUGUGGUGGAUGGCAAAUGGCGUUUCUUGGCGAGUAACACGGCGUUAUAUAGCCUGGGUUUACAACGUCACGUCCGUCUGCUUACGACCUAGGCUAGGCCCUAUUGGCUACUCGGAGGGGGGUCUUAUCUUUUCAUGCAGGACUCUACACUUUCCCGAGCGGGGCAGGGCAAGGAGCCCGGCCGCGGGGCAGCAGCUGCAGCAGCCGGGUGAGCAGCUGCCUGCGAAGGACCCGCUGCAGGACAAGGACACCACCGGCGGCUCCGAAGCUGCUGUGGCUGCCGACGUGGGGCAGCUGGUGGACAGGGUGCAAACCGACGAGAGCGGCAGCUCUGAGGACACGUCUGCCUACCAGGAUGUCCUUGAGGAGAUUAGCCAGACGAAGGAGGCGCAGUCUCGCAUGCAAGGAGAAAUCCGCAUGAUCCAGGAGGCGCUUGGCUUGGGGAACCUCCAGGUUGCUGCCGGCCGGCUGCCACGCCUUGGCAACCUAAGGACUCUGGCCAGUGAUGUGCAAAUGCUGAAGGAAAGACUGGGCCUGUACCCAAACCCGGAGGAGGUCAACAACAUGGUGCACUGGGAUGUGCUGGAGGAUUGCCUGGUGGGAGGCAAAGGAGAACGAGGUAGAGAUGGAGGAAGACCCAGAAGAGAACAAGAAGGAGACCGCUCUGCCACCACCAAGUCUCCCACUCCAGACGUGGACACGCCACAUGGAGCAAGCUCAGUGCUGGCAUUUAGAGAGAGCUCAGUGGGGCUGAAGGAUCCAAGGACAGCUGUAAGGGUCCCUAAGCAGCAGGCAGGCAUUCCCUCAGAUCAGAGGAGGGAUGCUAGCACCAGAGCGAUGACGCAGACAGCGUCUCAGGACGUUCAGACCACCAGCCCGGGGACACAGCAAACACACCCGGAGUCCAUGGGCACCCAGACCACCAGCCCGGGGACACAGCCAACAGAGCUGGUGUCCACGGGCACGCAGACCACCAGCCUGGAGACACAGCCAACAGAGCUGGUGUCCACGGACAUGCAGACCAUCAGCCUGGGGACACAGCCAACAGAGCUGGAGUCCACGGACAUGCAGACCAUCAGCCUGGGGACACAGCCAACAGAGCUGGAGUCCAUGGGCACGCAGACCACCAGGCCGGGGACACAGCCAACAGAGCUGGUGUCCACAGACAGGCAGACCACCAGCCUGGGGACACAGCCAACACAGCCGGAGACCACAGGCACCGAGACCACCAGCCUGGGGACACAGCCGGAGUGUACCGUCCCUCAGACCACCAUCUCAGGGGAGCAGCUCAGCACAGAGCUUCACCGGGCUGGCCCCCUUGCAGCAGGGACUCUCUUGCUGACAGCCCAGGGAUUCGAGAUCCCACUCGACGCUGAUCCCAGCGCCACGUCCCACGUGCAAGAGCUGGCCUUGCCCUCGGGCUCCAGCAGUGCCUACCACAAUGCCUACAAGUGCUACGUGGAGACGGUGGAGGCUCUCAAGCAGAUUGGGCAGCUCAGACACCUCUAUGCUGCCCUGAAGGAGCAGGUGGCCCAGCUAGAAGCCACCAGGUUGGAGCGGACUGAACUGGAGAAGCUGCGCCUGCUCCUCCAGGAGGGAGGCCAGGAGAGCAUUGCCAACAUGCUGGGUGACCUCCAGGCCCAGGUGUCACCCCUGCAGGGCGUGGCCAGGGACCUGCAGGAGGAGAAGGGGAAGAUCAGGAAGCUGGAGAGUGCCCUUGGCAAACUGGAGGCGGCCAGAGCCAGCUGGCAAACAGAUCUCGACGAGCAACUCAGCCUGCCAUUGGGGUCCACACCGCAGCAGGUCAAGCGGGACAUGAAGGACCUGGCAGAGCAUCAGCAAAUAAGCAAGGCUGCACUGGAUCAGUUGGUGACCCAGAUGGCCGAGGAGGGGCAGGAGCAGCUCAAAGAGGUGAGAGUGAUGGAGAACACGGGGCAGGAGGAGGCGGUAUGCCCCACGUGCAGCAGCGACACCAGCAUGCGUUUGGGGAAGCUUCUGCGGUGCUAUGAGAAGCUGCAGGGGCUGGUGGACUCCCUCAUGUCGACGAAGGAGACGGGCAAGGUGAUGCGGCAGCUGCCAGGGAAGAGCCAGGACCAGGAGGAGCUGAAGCGCAUCCAGGCUGCCGUGCUGCAGAUGCAAGGGGAGUAUGAAAAGCUCAACUCUGUCAUGGGGAGCCUCCUGGAAGACAGUCGCCAGCAGCAGAAAGAUAUGGAGGGUCUGUUGCAGUCCGUGGAGAGGCUGGAGAAGGAGAAGGCAGACAAGGACGACCUGGAGCUGGGAAUGGAUGAGAAAGCAGACAAAGACACCUUGGAAAGCAAAGUCAGCCGCGCCCAGUUUGAGGCGAGCCUGGAGCUGCUGAACGAGAGAAACCAGGAGGUGCUGAGCCGGCUGGCAGGCCAGGAGCAGGGGCUGCACGAGGUCCAGCAGCAGCUGCGGGAGGAGAUGGCCUCCAAGCUGGAUCGCCUGGAGCUGGGGCCAUUCCAGCAGGAGCUGGAGGAACGCUGGAAGAGCAGCCUCGAGCAGCUCAAGGAAAGGGCACCACCAAUGGAAGCUGACGAUGCAGCUGGGAUUAGGAAGCAGCUGCUGGUGGAUUUCCAGUGCCUGUCUUGUGACAGCCAACUCAGCAUGCGGGUGCCUGGCUCGCCUAUCCCGCCCAUCCCAUCCUUUCCACCGCUGGCCCUUCACGGCACUGGACAAUCCCACCCUGUUCUAAAGAUGGAGCAAAUCCAGAGGGAGCGGAUGGCUGCAUGCAGGUACCCCACCGUGCCACGGCAGUGUGGGGGCCAGCGUACCCUCACACCCCCAGUGCAGCGCAGCCUGCACGUCCAGCCGGUCCAGCCCAGCGCCCCACAGACACUCCAACCAUCCACCCUGCUCCCCAGCAAGGUAGGGAUGAAGAAAGAAGGGAUCUGGUGGGGGUGACUGAGGUUGGGAGGGUGAUGCUGAGCAUCUGGGGGGAAUCCAUGCCUCAGUUUCCCCAAGAGAGACGGGUAUA